AUGGAUGAGUUAUUCUCAAAGGCUAUAGACGCACUCGAUUCGUCCCUUAACGAGUUCCCCUCCUCUAGCGCGGAUGCCGCCGCAGCCGCCGCCGCAGUUGGCGGCACGUCCGCCGCCGCCGCUUCCGCCACCGCGUCGCUCCUCCAAGACAUGGAGGCGUUCCAAGACGCAACCCUCCCCCCUUCCGCGAUCGACGCCGCGAAACGCGUGCUCGCGGCGUGGGAGGAAAUCGAUCUGGAGGGGAAGAAAUCCGGGUGGGACGCGUUAGGGUUAACAAUUUCGCAGUUUCAGGAGACGAGUUCGAAGAACCGUCGGUCGCUCGCGGAGCAGACGAAAGCGUUCAAGAGCAGCGGCGGGGAGAAGAAGGAUUUUGCACCGCUGCUCAAGGCUUACCAGGCGGAGAUCGACUCGAUCACGAAGCGCGCGAAGCACGCGGAGAGCGCGUACCUGGGCGUGUACCAGGCGCUCUACGACGCGCCCGACGUGCUGCCGCUGCUGCGCUCCUUCGUGCCCGUCGCGGCGCGCGUCGCCGGCGCGGAGCAGGAGGCGCGGCGGCUGCGGCAGGAGAUGGAGAUCGUGCGUGCGGACGCAGCAGCAGGCAAGGCGCUGCAGGCGUCACUGCAUCGCCUGCAGGAGCGCAACACAGAGCUGGAGGAGCGCCUGACAGAGAAGGUGCGGGAGGCGCUGGAGGAGAGGGCGGGGGAGAUGGAGGCGCGCAUGCUGGUGUUCCGCCAGCGCGAGGCGGACCUAGAGGCGCGCAUCCGCGAGGGGCUUGAGAACCUGGCCGCCAUGCAGAGGGCGAACGAGGCGAUGCAGGGAGUGGUGUUUGAGGCGAAUGCGCGCAUGGAGGAGGAGAGGGCGAGCAAGCAGCACGAGAUUGACGGGCUUAUGGAGGAGCUCGAACGCAGCCAGGCCCGUGUGAGCAUGCUGGAAAAGCGGCUCUCUGCUGCUACCGCUACUGCUGCUGCUUCGCCCACUCUUCGCCCUGCUUCUGCCACUCCUGCAGCAGAAGAUUCUGCCUCCGCUGCAGCAGAGUCAGCCGCAGCAGGGGAAGGGGGUGGUUCGGCCAAGUCCCCUGUACUGCUUCCAGCAUCAGCAUCAGCAUCGACAUCAGAAGCUGUGGCUGCGUCUGUGUCUGUGCUAGAGGAACCUGAAGAGGCUAAGGAGAGGCUUGUGUCUCGCCUGCACAUGCAGCUGCAGCAGAUGCAAGAGACGCUGCAGCGCGAGAGGGAGGAAUGGGAGCAGGCGUUGCAGCAGGCGCAGCAGCAGGUGGCGGAGAGGGAGGCGCAGGUGCAGCAGGUGCAGGCGGAGCUGCAGGGGCGGGCGUCCCCCGCGCAGGUGGAGGAGCUGAGACAGCAGAUCCGCGUGCUGCAGGCACUAGCAGGCGCAGAGGUGGAUGAUAUCGACGCCGAGGAGAAAGCAGCCCGCAUGGUGGCCUUAGAGGAGGAGUGCAGUGAGCUGCGUGCGCUCGUGCAGCGACUGGAAGAAGACAUCGUUGCUGGGAGCGGGUCGAUUCGAGAGAUUCUCGUGCAGUCGGGGGCGGGCGGGCAGGGGAAGAAGAAGGGGGGGUUUCUGGGCGGAGGGGGAGGAGGGGCAGAAGGGACGGCUGCAGCAAUGGCUUCUCUGCUGGGAGAGGAGGGGCAGCGGGACAUGCUGCUGAUUGUGUGCGAUCAGCGGGAGCGGUUCCGCAGGCGAGUGCAGGAGCUGGAGGAACAGACAGGCUCCCUGCAAGAGCAACUCAGCCGUGCAAACCUCGAGACCCAGCGAGUGACAAGCGACAACUUGGCGCUAUACGAGAAGAUCCGAUUCCUGGAGCAGUACAACCACCGCUCCUCUAUUCCCAUGCGCAAGCUCUCCCCUUCGGGAGAUGAUGAUGAUGAUGCGACAGGCUCGUUCGGAGCAGCAGGAGCAGGGGGGGGAGCACGCGCGGCUAGAUAUGCGUGCUUUGGCGUAUCUGAUGCUCCGGAUUUGGGAGACGGGGCAGCAGGCGCAGGAGCAGGAGGAGCAGGGAUGGCUGCUGCUGGUGGCUGGGGUGGGGCAGGGGCAGGGGCAGGGGCAGGGGCAGGGGGAGCAGGGGGGCCGGUGGGGGCAGCGGAAGUGAGGUACAGAAAGCUGUAUGAGGAGAAGAUGAAUCCUUUCACGGAGUUCCAUCAGAGAGAGCAGGAGAAGAGCUACCGGAAUCUGCGCCUCCACGAUAAGAUCACUCUCAACAGCAGCCGCUUCCUGCUGACAAACAAGUAUGGCCGUGCCUUUGUAUUCUUCUACACUCUGCUCCUCCACCUCUUCAUCCUCGCACUCCUCUAUCGCUCCAUGCACCGCCGAACCAUCGUCCUCACCCCUGCAGCCUCCACCUAUCCUGCUGGCGCUGCUGGUGCUGCUGGUGCUGAAUUAGGGUUCCUAAACGGAUCAACAUCUGGCAUGCUUUCUCCUUCCACUUCUCUAGCUACAGGUAUAGGACCAGAAACAGGGAUGCCAGGGCAGGAUGGGGGGGGAAUGCGAGCGGGGAGGGUAGGGGAGGAGGCGGAUGGUGGGGGGAAAGGAAAGCCAGAGACUGCUGGCGAAGACUCCACCCACCAUGAUGCUAGUCCUAGUGAAGGUAGCAGUGCCGAUGCUGCCACCUCUGGCUCUGAGACGGAUGCAGAUGGGGAUGGUGCUGCUGCGAAUGGUGCUGUGGGUUUUGGUGGUGCUGGCGAAGGAAGCACAAGCAAAUCCCCGCCUCCGAGUAUCGCGGAGCUCAAAGGCUGCAAGCCGCGCGCUUGCGCCAUUCAGUCAUGCCUGAAGCGCAACGACUACCAAUCCAGCAGAUGUACCUCCCCUAUUCGUCGCCUGCACGAAUGCUGCAUGAAGCUGCAAGCUGCCGGCGCGACAUCUCCGCACUGCGCUGCUGUGGACACGCUUCUACCACAGAAGGAACUGCCGGAAGGAAAGCCAGCGGAGGGUUUUGGGAAGGAGAAUGGCGAGUGA